AAUUGCUCUUUGUUUUGAUAAGAAAACUAUCUUAUCAUUUAUUUAAUUUGUGAUUAAUUGUACUAAUUGUAACGUAAUUACACGAUUCAUGUCAAACAAUCAUUUAAUUAUCAGCAUGUUGAAGCUUAAAGAAGUCAAUGUCACCAUACGAAGGGCCAAAAAAGAUGACAUGCUGCAAGUCUACAAGCUGAUUAAGGCAUUGGCGGAAUUCGAGAAACUGGAAGACCAAGUGAAAAUAAACGCUUCAGUUUUGGAAAAAGACGGUUUCGAUAACGAAAGCCCGGCGUUUACGUGCCUAGUGGCCGAAUUAUCCGACGGCUACAUCAUCGGUUACGCGUUAUUUUACUCGUCGUACUCGACGUGGCUGGGAAAGUCGAUUUUUUUGGAGGACUUGUACGUUCAGCCCGCGUACAGGUGCUCUGGCAUCGGGAAACAGUUAUUUUUGGCGGUCGCCAAAAUUGCACAUGAAUCUCCAAGUAAGCGAAUGGACUUCCACUGUUUAUCCUGGAAUCCUGCGUCGGAUUUUUACAAAACUUUGGGGGCUGUCAACAUGACGCAUUCGGAAAAAUGGCAGCUCUUCCGAAUGGAUGAGGCCUGUUUGGAUAAACUCUUUCCUUGAUCAUUAGGUACAGAGUGACCCCAAAAUAAGCGGCCCAAAAGUUUAAGAUGAAUACCUCUUGAAAUUCCCUCAGCAUUUUGUAGAAUUCGCAAAAUUGCAAGAUCACAGUAUUUCUCUUUAUCAAGCUUGUUGGAAUGUAGAUAGGCAACCAAGAUUACAAAUCGAUAAUACUAAAAGCAUGCUGGAUUUAUGAAGAACCAAAUUUGUUAAUUAAGUUAACAUUAACAUUAAGAAGUUAAAUGAACCUAAUCCAUUACUGCUGAAUGAUUUAUUUUUUGUUCAAUGAUUGUGUUCUUUGGAUUAUUGUUUGAUGAGCAGUUUAUAGUUUUCAUUUAUUUUGACUAACAGAUGCUAAAACAAAAUUCACACUAACCAAAAAUGUCAGAUGUCUAAAUUACUUUGCCAUUAAUUUUGCUGCAUAAAAUACCCACCUUAAAUUAGCUUAAUGUUAACUUAAUUUUAAUGUGUGCUGCAUAAAUCCAGCAUUAAGUACCUCUUGCAAAUUUGCGAAUUUAAAAAAAAAUUGUAAAUGAAAUUUCCAAUUGGAAUUUUAAGAGCAAUUUAUCCUUAGUAAGAUUCUCUUACCAUCUGGGCUGCCCUGUAUAUAAGGAAAAUCUCAUUUUUAUGUUAUGUAUACUGCUCAUAAUUUUGAGACACCCUGUACAUAAGUAUGUGAUAAUAAAGUAUUAAAG